GAAGGGAAACUGACUGGGCAAGAGCCAGGCACUUAGGAGCUGUCUGUACUUUGCUUCCCACCCGUCCGCUCUCCCGCAGCAGCCAAAGUCUCCUCCCUCCAUUAUAUUGCAAAUCAAUGAAUCCAUUAGACUUUCCAUGUUUCUUUUUAGACUUUGAGAUUCAAGGUCAGCUAGAAUUAAUGGUUAACAGCUGACAGGUGAAAGCGUGGUUAACUGCAGCUUUGGCUAGCAGGCACAUUGCGUGACUGCUAAGGCACACAGGCAAAAUCAAGUUCUACAGCUGUCCCUGUGUAUGUCACUUGUUUGAAUAUGAAAUAAAAUUAAAAAAAUAAAUUCAGUGUAUUGAGAAAGCAAGCAAUUCUCUCAAGGUAUAUUUCUGACAUACUAAGAUUUUAACACUUUCACAAAUAUGCUGUACCGAGAGACAAUGUUACAUAACAUUGAGAACUAGUACAAGUAAAUAUUAAAGUGAAGUGACCAUUUCCUACACAAGCUCAUUCAGAGGAGGAUGAAGACCAUUUUGGAGGAAGAAAAGCACCCUUAUUAAGAAUUGCAGCAAGUAAGCCAACAAGGUCUUUUCAGGAUGAUUUUCUUAUAUCAAGUGGUACAUUUCAUUUUAUUUACUUCAGUUUCUGGUGAAUGUGUGACUCAGUUGUUGAAGGACACCAGCUUUGAAGGAGGAGACAUUACUACGGUUUUCACACCAAGUGCCAAGUACUGCCAGGUAGUCUGCACUUACCACCCAAGAUGUUUACUCUUCACUUUCACGGCGGAAUCACCAUCUGAGGAUCCCACCCGAUGGUUUACUUGUGUCCUGAAAGACAGUGUUACAGAAACACUGCCGAGAGUGAAUAGGACAGCAGCGAUUUCUGGGUAUUCUUUCAAGCAAUGCUCACACCAAAUAAGCGCUUGCAACAAAGACAUUUACGUGGACCUAGACAUGAAGGGCAUAAACUAUAACAGCUCAGUUGCCAAGAGUGCUCAAGAAUGCCAAGAAAGAUGCACGGAUGACGUCCACUGCCACUUUUUCACGUACGCCACAAGGCAGUUUCCCAGCCUGGAGCAUCGUAAUAUUUGUCUACUGAAGCACACCCAAACAGGGACACCAACCAGAAUAACGAAGCUCGAUAAAGUGGUGUCUGGAUUUUCACUGAAAUCCUGUGCACUUUCUAAUCUGGCUUGUAUUAGGGACAUUUUCCCUAAUACGGUGUUUGCAGACAGCAACAUCGACAGUGUCAUGGCUCCCGAUGCUUUUGUCUGUGGCCGAAUCUGCACUCAUCAUCCCGGUUGCUUGUUUUUUACCUUCUUUUCCCAGGAAUGGCCCAAAGAAUCUCAAAGAAAUCUUUGUCUCCUUAAAACAUCUGAGAGUGGAUUGCCCAGUACACGCAUUAAAAAGAGCAAAGCUCUUUCUGGUUUCAGUCUACAAAGCUGCAGGCACAGCAUCCCAGUGUUCUGCCAUUCUUCAUUUUACCAUGACACUGAUUUCUUGGGAGAAGAACUGGAUAUUGUUGCUGCGAAAGGUCACGAGGCCUGCCAGAAACUGUGCACCGAUGCCGUCCGCUGCCAGUUUUUUACCUAUACCCCAGCCCAAGCAUCCUGCAACGAAGGGAAGGGCAAGUGUUACUUAAAGCUUUCUUCAAACGGAUCUCCAACUAAAAUACUUCACGGGAGAGGAGGCAUCUCUGGAUACACGUUAAGGUUGUGUAAAAUGGAUAAUGAGUGUACCACCAAAAUCAAGCCCAGGAUCGUUGGAGGAACUGCGUCUGUUCGUGGUGAGUGGCCGUGGCAGGUGACCCUGCACACCACCUCACCCACUCAGAGACACCUGUGUGGAGGCUCCAUCAUUGGAAACCAGUGGAUAUUAACAGCCGCUCACUGUUUCUAUGGGGUAGAGUCACCUAAGAUUUUGCGUGUCUACAGUGGCAUUUUAAAUCAAUCUGAAAUAAAAGAGGACACAUCUUUCUUUGGGGUUCAAGAAAUAAUAAUCCAUGAUCAGUAUAAAAUGGCAGAAAGCGGGUAUGAUAUUGCCUUGUUGAAACUGGAAACCACAGUGAAUUACACAGACAAAAUACAAAAUACUCUCCAGAAAGCCAAGAUACCCUUAGUGACCAACGAAGAGUGCCAGAAGAGAUACAGAGGACAUAAAAUAACCCAUAAGAUGAUCUGUGCCGGCUACAGGGAAGGAGGGAAGGACGCUUGCAAGGGAGAUUCGGGAGGCCCUCUGUCCUGCAAACACAAUGAGGUCUGGCAUCUGGUAGGCAUCACGAGCUGGGGCGAAGGCUGUGCUCAAAGGGAGCGGCCAGGUGUUUACACCAACGUGGUCGAGUACGUGGACUGGAUUCUGGAGAAAACUCAAGCAGUGUGAAUGGGUUCCCAGGGGCCAUUGGAGUCCCUGAAGGACCCAGGAUUUGCUGGGAGAGGGUGUUGAGUUCACUGUGCCAGCGUGCUUCCUCCACAGUAACACGCUGAAGGGGCUUGGUGUUUGUAAGAAAAUGCUAGAAGAAAACAAACUGUCACAAGUUGUUAUGUCCAAAACUCCCGUUCUAUGAUCAUUGUAGUUUGUUUGAGCAUUCAGUCUCUUUGUUUUUGAUCACGCUUCUAUGGAGUCCAAGAAUUAUCAUAAGGCAAUAUUUCUGAAGAUUACUAUAUAGGCAGAUAUACCAGAAAAUAACCAAGUAGUGGCAGUAGGGAUCAGGCAGAAGAACUGCUAAAAGAAGCCACCAUAAAUAGAUUUGUUUGAUGAAAGAUGAAAACUGGAAGAAAGGAGAACAGAGACAGUCUUCACCAUUUUGCAGGAAUCUACACUCUGCCUAUGUGAACACAUUUCUUUGUAAAGAAAGAAUUUGAUUGCAUUUAAUGGCAGAUUUUCAGAAUAGUCAGGAAUUCUUGUCAUUUCCAUUUUAAAAUAUAUAUUUUAAAAAAUCAGUUUGAGUAUACACGAGCUAAGAGUGAAUGUGAAGAUACCAGAAUUUCUGUGUGGAAGAGGAUUACAAGCAGCAAUUUACCUGGAAGUGAUACCUUAGGGGCAAUCUUGAAGAUACACUUUCCUGAAAAAUGAUUUGUGAUGGAUUGUAUAUUUAUUUAAAAUAUCUUGGGAGGGGAGUCUGAUGGAGAUAGGGAGCAUGCUCACACCUCCCUAAGACAAGCUGCUGCUGUGACUAUGGUCCCCCAAAGAGCUAGAUCGUAUAUUUAUUUGACAAAAAUCACCAUAGACUGCAUCCAUACUACAGAGAAAAAACAAUGAGGGCGCAAAUGGAUAGCUACAGUAAAGUCUUCAGCAAGCAGCUGCCUGUAUUCUAAGCACUGGGAUUUUCUGUUUCAUGCAAAUAUUUAUCUCAUUAUUGUUGUGAUCUAGUUCAAUAACCUAGAAUUUGAAUUGUCACCACAUAGCUUUCGAUCUGUGCCAACAACUAUACAAUUCAUCAAGUGUGAUUUUUUUUUUUUUUUUUUUUUUUGAGAUGAAGUCUCACUCUGUUGCCCAAGCUGGAGUGCAGUGGUGUGAUCUCGGCUCACUGUAAACUCCACCUCCUGGAUUCAAGCGAUUGUCCUGCCUCAGUCUCCCAAGUAGCUGAGAUUACAGGCACAUGCCAUCAUGCCCGGCUAAUUUUUGUAUUUUUAGUAGAGACGGGGUUUCACUAUGUUGGCCAGGCUCGUCUUGAACUCCUGACCUCGUGAUCUGCCCACCUCGGCCUCUCAAAGUGCUGGGAUUACAGGUGUGAGUCACUGCGUCUGGCCAUGGAAAAUAUUUAUUGAGCACAAUUAUGUGAGAGCAUCAUGCUGAGCUUUGAAGAUACAGUGGUGAGCAAACAUAUAUCCUGGCUUCAUGAAGAUUAUACUCUAGUUAACAUGAGCAACAAAAUAAAAUAAUCACACAAAAUAUAUAGGUUCAAGCUGAAAUGAGUGGCUGCACCAGAUUCUAUGAGAUAAGAAAGGAAGAAGGACAUUUUUCACCAAGUUGACAAAGGCAAAACAAAAACAACAACAAACAAAAAACCCAAAAGAGCAAAAUGACAGUAGAACAUAACGGGGCCAGAUCAAAAAUGCUGACAGGUUCCCAAAAGAAUAAAAUGACGGUAGGACAUGACGGGGCCAGAUCCAAAAUGCUGACAGGUUCAAACAAAAUUGGAAUUGAAAAUCAGAGUGCCUUCAAGAGUAUCAAACAAUACUAUCUUGUUACUUGCUUAUUACCUUAGUAGACUGGAAGCAACACUUCACACAAAAAAAGGGUUUGGAUGUAAUUUCGGAUAAGAAGAGAUGUUUCUGUAAAGUCUUUCCUGAGAAGCAUAUUAUUUGAGAAAAACA